AAAGUUUUAGGUUAGGCGUCGCGUCAUUGCGGUUUCCAAUUGUUUUUCUCAUAUUAUGUAGUGUUAGUAGUCCAAAAUGAGUUCCCCGAGCAAGGAAACCGAGGAGCCGUCGUCGAGUUCCGCGGCCGUGCCGAAUGGGGCGGGCGGCGACGGCUGCAGCAGCGAAGAGAAGGCGGAGGGCCCGCGGCCGCCCGCCAAGCGCCCGUUGUCAACGGCAGUAAUCGAGAUCUCGGACACGGACAGCGAUGACUCGGACGUGUGUGCCGUCAAAUCGUACCAGGCCACGGCCGACGAGGUGAAGCGUAUCCGCGGCGCAGACCAAGACUACUCAUCAUCAUCCUCCUCCUCCUCGGACUACAGCUCAGACUCCGAGUCCGCCUGGGAGGAUGACUCGGUUCUCAUUGAGAGUGAGCCCCCGCCGGCUCGGCUUGUGUGCGCACAGCUCAACCCUAGAGCACAUAGGAUGGAUGACCCCACGCUUAACCCUACUAUUAAGUCACAAGAACUCAUAGACAAAUUCAAAACCCACUGGACGGAGCAGAAAGACUUGUCCACCCCUGAACUAACUCUAACCUGCUCCCCGUUCCGGCUCGGGCUCCUCCACGGGUUGCUGGCCAACCCGGACAUGAUCAACAACAUCGUAGAUGAUAUGAACACACUAGACUGGUCAAGGAAGAAGAUGGACUUGUAUGAGUUCCACCAGACUGCAGACCUGGCCAGCCUCACGUGGCAGCGGAGUAUUAGAGGCAUACACGAGCUGCUGAAGACUGAAGUUAUGAGCUGGGUAUCCGCAGUGACGGGUCUCGAACUAACAUCGGUAUCGGCGUCCUGUUCACUCUACGGUCCGGGGGACCACCUGUUAGUGCACGACGACCUCCUCGGGUCCCGGCGCGUCGCGUUCAUACUGUACCUGGCGCCGUGGACCUGCCCUCCUCAACGGGAUCAAAACGGUGACGACCACGUGGACGUGGAUAACGACACAGGUUGGAGCGCGCACAUGGGCGGAGCCCUAGAGUUAUUAGCGCGCGACGAGGAGGGCCGCCCCACGGACGUGGCGCGGUCGGUUCUUCCUGCCAACAAUAUGCUGGCCUUCUUCCAAGUUGGCCCCGAGACCUUCCAUCAGGUGGGCGAGGUGUUGUCGCUGGAGCUGCCUCGGCUGUCCAUCAACGGCUGGUUCCACGGCCGCGCCGGCGAGCCGCCCGCGGCGCCCGAGCCCGCCGCGCCGGACCAGCACCGCCCGCACGGCGACCCGGUGGUGAUGCAAUCCAUGGUGGAAGCGACGUACAUGACGCCGCGCUCUCGCGCCGCCAUUCAGGCGCAAAUGGAGCGUCGCUCCGAAGUGUCUCUGCGGGACCUGCUGCAAAUAGACUUCUACACAAGCUUACUGGAGGCAUUACGACAACCAGACCUACCCUGGGAGCGCGCGGGCCCGGGCAACGAGCGGCGCUACCUCCGCCUCCCCCCGCUGUGGGAGGACUCCCUGCCCCUCGAGCACCCCAUCCGGCAGCUGCUCAAGAUGGCGUCCGGCAAUGCGUGGUUCCGUCUCCUCCACGACUGCACAGAUCUCACACUCACUAAGUAUGAGAGGCUUGAGCUGCAGAAAUGGUCUCCGGGGGACUUUACUCUGCUGCCGCCGCGCUCGCAGUACGCGUCGCCGCGCCUCGAGGCGGUGCUGUACCUCGCGCUGCCGGCGCGGCCCGUGUGCGGCGCGCACACCACCUACCUCGCACCCGAGGAGCACCCCGCGCCGGGCGCGGAGCCCGACGCGGCCCUAGUCACCGUCCCGCCCGUCUCCAACGCGCUCAGCUUGGUCUACUGCGACGCCGGCGCCGCCGGCUUCACUAAAUACCUCAGCAAGAUGACUAUGGCGCCCUCGGAUCAUUUCUUCAUACUUACGUGUACGUAUAGGGAGUGACGAACGUGUUAUGACUGUCUCCGCGUGCGGGAGAGGCGUAGGUGUCUUGUUAUCGGUUGACUUUAGGGGUAGAAUGUGAUGGGGCGAUUUUUAAGGCGUUUACGAAGCGAAGCUGGCCGGUCUAAAACGUAUGAUUUCAUUAGCUCGCUUUAGCCGUUCGCCGAUAUGUAGUCUAAGUUCACAAUGGAUUGUUCAUCAGUUUCAUCACACUCAAAAUAUUCACAGUUUUUAGCGACCACUUACGGUCACAUCUCAACGUUAAGUAAGCGAUGGCCAGAGGGACUCGAAUCCAUUUUAAAAGUACGCGAUUACACCGCUAAUUACAAAUAGUUUAUGGCUUAAAAUAGCGCAAACAUUGUUGGAUUUGCGUCUCUUCGGUUCUCGCUAAUAUCUUAUACAUCGACAUUAGUAAAAGACGCGCAUUAGCAUAAGAUUCAUCUUCGCAUACACCAAGAGAGUUUCAUUAUUAUGUAACAUUCAAAAGUUACCAAUUUAUUUUGCAUCGACUGUCCGCGGCUUGUCAUCUCACUCGCACUGUCCUAAUUAGAAAAGGAUACCUGUGAUGUGACGGUCGCGGUUAGUUUGGCUAGUCUUUCAUACACAGAGAAAAUAGGUGUGCGUAUUUUUGUAAUACAGUGUAGAUUGUUAUUAAGGGUUGAAAGUAACUAGUACACGAGCGAGCGAGUGCGUUUAUAGUUAGAUGGAUCUACUAUUUAAUUGUAAGGAAAUUUGCAAAACAUAUUUUCAUCUCUUUACCGAGACAUGAGAACAGAUAACUUAUUAUUCUUUAGGAAUAAAUUUAAUUUCUAAUUGGUAUGUAAUUUUUGUUUUUCACAAAAGAGAUGAAAAUAUAUUAUGUGGUGGCUGCGGUCUUAAGCGGCCUUAUGGCUGUAUACACUGGGUUUAUACUACAAUUUGUAGGUGACCUAGUGUGAACUAGCCCUUAUUGUAAAUAGUAGCGAGAUGCAAUGAGUUAGUUUUAAUACAGUUUUGUUGAGUUUGUGGUUCUGGUCUGGUCAUUAGUUGACAUGCCAAAGACCUACGAUACAGUAAAUAUUUCUUUACACUCGUAUAGAUUUUACGCAUUAAAAGUAGUGUCCGACCGAGACCGAAUUUUUUGCCGAAACAUGAUUGUUAUGCUGAAACUGAAAUCGAACUUUGGUCGCCGAAAAAUCCGUGUUUGAUAUGCUUUAGUUUGAGAUUCGCUCACAUUUUAUCUCAGUACUUAUAUUGAAAUGAAACAUGCAUCGCGAAACUUUUUAGUCUGUAUAAUGAACUUGGUCUCGUACUGCGCACAUUAUAUUUAAUAAAAUAAAACUACUUACAUGGAAUUUUUAAACACAAUUUUAUAUUAUUGUAAUGUCACCUUUAUGUUAAUUGUGUUAUCAGUACUGAAUUAAUAUUCUACCAAUGUGGCCAAUUGACCAUUAUAAGAUAAUGAAAAAAAAAAACGCUUUUUUAUCUUUGCAUUAAAUACAUAUGGCGGAGCAUGUAUUAUAAAAUACACUCAAGAAUUCCAGAAGACCCGUUUUAUUGUAUUCUGUUGUAUUUGUAUCCCGUUGUAUUCCAUCAUUACUUAUUCCAAUCCAGUGUUCGAGAAAACUUAAUAUCUGGUAUAGUGAGCACUCUAAGCUCACUUAUAGUUUGGCAAGCCAUUUCCGUCAGUAGUUAAAGGCGGCAAAGUUAAAAAAUAUAGGCGUGAAAAGUUUUAGAAAAUUUGAAUUCGCCUUUUUACACUGACAAAGUAGGUUUGGCAGAGUAUAUUUCUCUAUGGUUAUGGUUAAAAACUUCAAAUUAAAUGAGUUUGAGCGAUCGUCCACUUUCAUUUUAACUGACCUUAUUGCAACGAGAUAAGGUCCACUUUAGUUAACAGUUGCUGUUAAAAUCAAUUAACUAUACGCUUAUGUUUAAAAAUGGUUGUUAUUCUGACUAAAGAGCGAACGUCAAGUUUGGUAGGCAGAGCUGUGGUUUGUAUGUAUGUACGUGUGUAUGUAAGAAUGUGUUCAUCACUUGUGGCUUAUGAGUUCACAUGUGAAAAGGCGGAAAAGGGCCCCAUUUAUCUUUUGAAUAUGCCUUUGGCAGGGUAACUCUAGGCCAAACACAUGGAAAUAUAUGAGCAACUGUUCUAAUGAAACAAUACUAUAUAAACGGACUGUAAAUUUAACGCGUAUGAUAAAUUUAAAAUACAUCCCGAAGUUUCGAACCCUUUACAGCGAUCGAGUUCAACACGUGACUGAGGAAUAGAUAUAUUCAUCUCUGUCAAUACAAAGUGCAGUUUAUUAUUUACUCUAUAUAAUCCGUUUACAUAGUUUUAUUUCGUGAAUAACUAUCGCAAUAACCGAAGAUGUUGUUUUGUUGUUGUUGUUUUCUCGCCCAAGUUUCUUUGUACUAA